CCCGCGCAGGACGGUUUCGGAGCUGGCGGUCGAGCCCUGCGCGCCCCGCUGACCGCGAGCCCGCUGCGGAGAAAAAUGUCUACCGACAGGACAGAAGCCACCCCAGAAGCCACCGCCAGCACCCAGGUGACAGGCGAAGAACCAGUCCAGCAGCCCAGCGUGGUGGAGCGCGUGGCCAACAUGCCCCUCAUCAGCUCCACCUGCAACAUGGUGUCCGCGGCCUACACCUCCACCAAGGAGAGCUACCCCCACGUCAAGACCGUGUGCGACGCGGCCGAGAAGGGCGUGAAGACCCUCACGGCGGCCGCUGUCAGUGGGGCCCAGCCCAUCCUCUCCAAGCUGGAGCCGCAGAUCGCAUCGGCCAGCGAAUAUGCCCACCGGGGGCUGGACAAGCUGGAGGGGAACCUGCCCAUCCUGCAGCAGCACACAGAGAAGGUGCUGGCCGAUACCAAGGAGCUCGUCUCGUCCAAGGUGUCGGGGGCCCGAGAAGCCGUGUCCAGCACGGUGUCCAGCGCCAAGGACACAGUUGCCAGUCGAGUGACGGAGGCGGUUGACGUGACGCGGGGCGCCGUGCAGACUGGCGUGGACGCAACCAAGUCCGUGGUGACCAGCGGCGUCCAGUCGGUCAUGGGCUCCCGCGUGGGCCAGAUGGUGCUGAGCGGGGUGGACGCGGUGCUGGGCAAGUCGGAGGAGUGGGUGGAUAACCACCUGCCCAUGACGGACGCUGAGCUGGCCCGCCUCGCCACGUCCCUGGAGGGCUUCGACAUGGCCUCGGUGCAGCAGCAGCGGCAGGAGCAGAGUUACUUCGUGCGCCUGGGCUCGCUGUCGGAGCGGCUGCGCCAACGGGCCUUCGCCCACUCGCUGGGCAAACUGCAGCUGACGCGCCAGCGGGCGCAGGAGUCCCUGGGCCAGCUGGCGCAGGCGCUCAGCCUGAUGGAAACCGUCAAGCAGGGAGUUGAUCAGAAGCUGGUGGAGGGUCAGGAGAGACUACACCAGAUGUGGCUCAACUGGAACCAGAAGCAGCUCCAGGGCACGGAGCAGACCCCGGCCAAACCAGAGCAGCAGGACUCACAAUUGCCAGAACAUAGAGACGGUCCAGGUGUCCCUUGGUGGAUGAACGGAUCCACACAACAGGUUCACAUCCACACACGGGCACGUCCCUCGGCCCCGCAAACACGGAACCAGGCACAGGAGGCCCCACAGCGUGUGGAGACCCAGACGCUCACCAUGUUCCGGGACAUUGCCCAGCAGCUGCAGAGCACCUACGCCUCACUGGGGUCCAGCAUCCAGGGGCUGCCCACCCACGUGAAGGACCAGCUGCAGCAGGCUCGCCACCAGGUGGAGGGCCUCCAAGCCACCUUUUCCGGCAUCCAUUCCUUCCAGGACCUGUCCAGCACCGUCCUGAUGCAGAGCCGGGAGCAGGUGGCCAAGGCCCGAGAGGCCCUCGACCACAUGGUUGAGUACGUGGCCCAGAACACACCCAUCACGUGGCUGGUGGGCCCCUUCGCCCCGGGAGUCGUCGAGAAAGCCCCAGAAGAGAAGAAAUAAGACAGCCAGGAGGAGGCUGGAGGGGAGGGACCUAGCCUCUCCCUGAGGGGCGGCCCGAGCACCAGACCCUUCGCCUCACUUGGAACAUGUGUCCCUAACCUUCCCACCCCACCCCACCCCGCUCCACCCUGCCCAUCUUAGCUGCCCCCUCGGGGAGCUGCAAACCGACUGUCCAUCCCCUCCUCUGCGCUCAGAGGAAGCGUAUCCUGAGCAUCACCUCCUCAGUCAAGACAGGGAGGGUUCUAGGAAAAGUUUUCUAGGAGGGCCUCAGUGCCCUCAAUUUCUUUUUUUUCUUAAACCCAGGGAUACAUAUCCCAUCUCUUUUUCUUUAUCAAGGGCCCUGGGUAUCAGCCUUUAGCUGAUGGACUUGGAUUUCUCCCGGGGAGGGGGUGGAGGGAGCACCACCCAGGCCCAUCCGAGAGCAGGGGGCUCAGCCUGCCUGGCCUCCCGUACCUGCCGAGCUUCCGUAUUGCCUUAAUAAACUUCACCUGCAGCUAA